CGCAAAAAAAAAUUCGCACCGAACACAAGUUGGCCAAAGAGCUUUUUGCUACAUUUUUUUCCCGUUUCAAUCGCACACGAAAUAGCAGUAUUAUUGUUGUUACCACCGUGGUGGUUGUGGUUGUUGCUUUGCAUUUUUUUUACUGUGUAUUACAAUUGAGUGUUAAGAACCGAAAGACUUAAAAAAAAACAGUACCCUAGAUAGAAAGUAGGAGAGUGUAACCAGAACAAGAGCAGUGCCAGCGUGUUAGUGUUGCACUUUGAGUUGAGUUUCCGGGAUCCCGAAAGAGGUUUUUCGAUCCGAAUUCCAGGAAGCAGAUCCAGGUCCCAUCAAGCCAAGGAAAUACAUUCUAGAACCCCGGAGAACGCCGGCAAAUGACGAGCUACGCGGAUGCGCUGAGUGCCAAGGGGUAUCGCAGCUUCGGAUUCGACACGGACAUGGAGAUGGACAUGGACAUGGGCUGCACGAUGCGGCGCAUCGAAAAGCGCAAAGGCGGUGAUCUCACCGAUUCCCCAGUUGAUGAGAAGGCUGAAGCUGAUGUGGAAGUGACCAACGAGAUCUCGGCACCGUAUGAGGUGCCACAAUUUCCCAUUGAACAGAUCGAAAAGAAGCUGCAAAUCCAGCGUCAUCUCAAUGAAAAGCAAGCUACUGGACAAACCAGGCCCGUGGUCGCAGCUGCCGCGUUGUCAACUCACAGGGAAUCAUCCAGCAGCAACGAGGAUCGCGAAAACGCCAUCGAAAUGGACAGAAACGACGCGGACAUCAACUUCCAGCGGGUCUCCAUUUCGGGGGAGGACACAAGUGGUGUUCCUUUGGAGGAUUUGGAGCGGGCCUCGACCCUCUUGAUCGAAGCAUUGCGCAUGCGCAGCCACUACAUGGCCAUGUCGGAUCAGUCGUUUCCCUCGACCACGGCGCGGUUUCUUAAGACGGUGAAGCUCAAGGACCGCAUUAACAACCUGCCCGUCAAAGAGGUUUCUGACAUCAUUCGAAAAAUGAGUGUAACGAACAUACAAGACGCCCAUGCUAAGACAUCGCAGUUAAAGAUAACGAAUCCCUGGAACGUGGAGUUUCCCAAAGAUGAGGAUUUCCGUAUCAAGCCUCUUAAUGGAGUGUUUCACAUCUACCAGAACGACGACGAAAGCAGCGAGAUUAAAUUCGAAUAUCCGGAUAUGAGUCAAUUCGUGAACGACAUGCAGGUCAUGUGCAAUAUGAUCGCCGAUGGGCCCCUGAAAUCAUUCUGCUAUCGACGUCUGUGCUAUCUGUCAUCCAAGUACCAGAUGCAUGUGCUCCUCAAUGAACUGCGGGAGUUGGCCGCCCAGAAGGCUGUGCCGCAUCGCGAUUUCUACAACACCCGCAAGGUGGACACCCACAUCCAUGCCGCCUCUUGCAUGAACCAGAAGCACCUGCUGCGCUUCAUCAAGAAGACGCUGAAGAACAAUGCCAACGAGGUGGUGACCCACACCAACGGACAGGCGAUGACCCUGGCCCAGGUGUUCCAGUCGAUGAACCUGACCACCUACGACCUGACCGUCGACAUGCUGGACGUGCACGCCGAUCGCAACACGUUCCACCGCUUCGACAAGUUCAACUCCAAGUACAAUCCCAUCGGGGAGUCGCGGCUCAGGGAGGUCUUCCUCAAGACGGACAACUAUUUGAACGGCAAAUACUUUGCGCAGAUCAUAAAGGAAGUGGCCUUCGAUCUGGAAGAGUCCAAGUACCAAAACGCUGAGCUACGUCUGUCCAUCUAUGGAAAAUCGCCUGAUGAGUGGAACAAGCUGGCCAAAUGGGCCAUCGACAAUGAUGUGUACAGCUCGAAUAUCCGAUGGCUGAUCCAGAUACCGCGCCUCUUCGACAUCUUCAAGUCGAACAAGAUGAUGAAGUCAUUCCAGGAGAUUCUAAACAACAUAUUCCUGCCGCUCUUCGAGGCGACAGCCAGACCCAGCCAGCAUCCAGACUUGCAUCGCUUCCUGCAGUACGUGAUCGGGUUCGAUUCGGUGGACGACGAGUCCAAGCCGGAGAAUCCGCUCUUCGACAACGAUGUGCCCCGGCCGGAAGAAUGGACAUACGAGGAGAAUCCGCCAUAUGCGUAUUACAUCUACUACAUGUAUGCCAACAUGACGGUGCUGAACAAGUUUAGAGAGUCCCGCGGCAUGAACACCUUUGUGCUGCGGCCCCAUUGCGGCGAGGCUGGACCCGUGCAGCAUCUAGUGUGCGGCUUCCUGAUGGCCGAGAACAUCUCCCACGGCCUCCUGCUCCGCAAGGUGCCCGUUCUGCAGUAUUUGUAUUACCUGACCCAGAUCGGAAUCGCCAUGUCGCCGCUGUCGAACAACUCGCUGUUCCUCAACUACCAUCGUAAUCCGCUGCCUGAGUAUUUGGCCCGGGGCCUCAUCAUCUCGCUCUCCACGGACGACCCCUUGCAAUUUCACUUCACCAAGGAACCCCUUAUGGAGGAGUACAGCAUUGCGGCCCAGGUGUGGAAGCUCAGCUCCUGCGACAUGUGCGAAUUGGCCAGGAACAGUGUGAUGAUGAGUGGAUUCCCCCAUGCCAUCAAGCAGCAGUGGCUGGGACCCAUUUACUACGAGGACGGCAUCAUGGGCAACGACAUCACCCGGACCAACGUGCCCGAAAUCCGUGUGGCCUAUCGCUAUGAGACGCUGCUCGAUGAGCUGUCCAACAUCUUCAAGGUGAACCAGACCUGCACCCUCAACGAUCCGCAGUCGUAGGCUCAGGGGCACUCUGCUCCUUCGCGUUGUUGUGGCUUCCUACGCUAACUUAAUGCAAAUUACACAGAUAUAUACGCUAGUUAUAUAUAUAUAUAUAUACAAUUUAAAUGUUUAUGUACUAACCAAAAUGUAAACGCGGCAGACCAAAACCUUUAAAUAUACAAAACUUGUACACGCAA